AUGAUCGUAUUGAAAUCUCCAGUUCUAAAUCCGCCUCAACCUAUUCCUUUCAAUGUUGACUUGGUCGAGACCCUAUUGUUUUUCAGCUCCGUUGUAUAUUAUCGUGGAAACCCGAAUUACAAUAAAAUGAGAGAUACGACGAAGUCAACAAUAAAAAAACGCCGAAAGGACGCAAAAAAGAGAAUUGAUGAAAUAAUUCGUUCUUGGGGAAUAAAAUUUCACUCUUUCGGUGAAUUAAAAUCAACUGAAAAUAUAUUUGCUGGACUAUUUUGGUCCAAAGAAAAAAAUUUUAUCGUUGUGGCAUUUAAAGGCUCUUCACCACCAGUUAUCAGAUUUUAUUAUAGUUUAUUUACUGAUUACGAUGAUCCUUUAAAGAGAUGCACUGCCAAUAGUUUAGUUGAGGUCAUACUUAAGAAAGUCGAAAAAUGGAACAACCCUAUACCUGUAAAUAUUUGGGUUACUGGUCAUUCGCUUGGUGGUGCUUUAGCUCAAACAUUUUAUGCAAUUUUUUAA